CUUGACAUGGCUCGCACUAAGCAAACCGCUCGUAAGUCUACCGGCGGCAAGGCGCCGCGUAAGCAGUUGGCUACCAAAGCUGCCCGCAAGAGCGCUCCAGCCACCGGCGGCGUGAAAAAGCCUCACCGCUAUCGCCCCGGCACUGUGGCGUUGCGUGAGAUUCGUCGUUACCAGAAGUCUACCGAGCUGCUGAUCCGCAAGUUGCCUUUCCAGCGCUUGGUGCGUGAGAUCGCGCAGGAUUUUAAGACCGAUCUGCGCUUCCAGAGCUCUGCCGUCAUGGCGUUGCAGGAAGCUUGCGAGGCUUACCUAGUGGGUCUGUUUGAGGACACCAACCUGUGUGCCAUCCACGCCAAGCGCGUCACUAUCAUGCCCAAGGAUAUCCAGCUGGCGCGGCGUAUUCGUGGGGAGAGGGCCUGAAACUUGGCUGCAAACAAAUCAAAAGGCUCUUUUAAGAGCCACCUA